AUGCUACAAUUGUUGGAUGAUGCGCUAAUUAAAUAUCUUUCUUUAAUAGAUGACUAUAUUUCUCUUAUUUUUAUGCUUUGUGAAACCUUAAAAAAAGGCUAUUUUUCUAUAGCAAAAGCUAAUUACAUUAAUCUUUAUACUCCUAGAUGUCUUGCAAUACAAGAAAAUUAUGAUAAACGAAUGAAAGCUAUAUAUAGAGUAAAUAUUUCUGAUCAGGAUAUACAGUUAAUUGAGUUAAAGACGGUUAUAACAACAAAAGAAACUUCUAAAAUGGAGAUAGAAGAAAUGCCUACAAACCCCGUGCAUUGGUUUGGUAUUUUAGUACCUCAAGAAUUAAGAAAUGCGCAGCAGCAUUUUAAAGAUGGUAUAUUUAACGAUUUAAUUUCUUAUAUAAGGGUUUAGGGCUAAAAAAAAAUUAUUGAUAUUCUUAAUCUAUGUUUCAUAUUACAAAACUUAGAAAAACAAAUUCUUUCGUAUAGAAAAGACUUAUAUUCAGGA